UACAAUAUGAAGACUUUCCUGAUUUUGGCUAUCGUUGCUCUAGCCGCUUCGACUUAUGCUCUGGAGGAAUCCGAGCGCGUCAACGGGGAGAACGGCUGGUACGUUCCCCAGCAGAACGGCUCCCUCGAGUGGGUGGCCAUGGAUGCGCUUGAGGGCCGUGGCCUGACCACCGUUCCCGUGAACUUUUACCUGUUCACGCCCAAGAACCCCUCCAGCAGCAAGCAUAUCUACGCCACCACCAAGUCCAUUUCCAAGUCAAACUUCAACCCUGCUCACCCCACCCGUUUCGUGAUCCACGGCUGGACCCAGAGCUACUUGAACAGCAUGAACUCGGACAUCCGCAAGGCCUUCCUUUCCAAGGGAGACUACAACGUGAUCGUCGUCGACUGGGCGCGUGCUCGUUCCGUGGAUUACGCCACCUCUGUUAUGGCUGUCGCCGCCACUGGAAAGAAGGUUGCCAAGUUGAUCAACUUCCUGAAGGACAACCACGGUCUGAAUCUUAAUGACGUGUACGUGAUUGGUCACAGCCUGGGCGCCCAUGUUGCUGGAUAUGCCGGCAAGAACACCGACGGCCAGGUGCACACCAUCAUUGGUCUGGACCCCGCCCUGCCCCUCUUCAGCUACAACAAGCCCAACAAACGUCUGAACUCCGACGACGCCUGGUAUGUGGAGUCCAUCCAGACCAACGGCGGCACUCUGGGAUUCCUGAAGCCCAUCGGCAAGGGAGCCUUCUACCCCAACGGUGGAAAGACCCAGCCCGGCUGCCCUCUGGAUGUGACUGGAGCCUGCUCCCACGGACGCUCCACCACCUACUAUGCUGAGGCCGUCAGCCAAGACAACUUCGGAACCAUGAAGUGCGGUGACUACGAGGAGGCCGUUUCCAAGGAGUGCGGAAGCACCUACUCCAGCGUUCGCAUGGGAGCUGAUACCAACGCCUACAUGGUCGAGGGCGACUUCUAUGUGACCGUGAAUAGCAAGGCUCCCUUCGGCAUGAUUAACUAAUGACUGUGCAAUGCUUAAAAAAUAAUAUAAUUCUUUUAAAGUUUUCGAAUCUGAAAGGGGCUGCCAAAAAUGAUAUUUCGCUCAUAAGAAUGUGCACUCCCAAUCAUAGCCAGAAACAUCUUUGCCGUUUUCAGCAAAAGCGUUUUCCCACUUUCUUUGACAUGUUUGUAAUUAUAAUUAAUGAGCGAACUGCAAAUGCAAUUUCGCCAGCGGAAAAGUCAACUGCCACAUUUAUUUGCAUAAUAUGAUAGUGGAGGCACCACCCACAUGAGGCAUGACGCACAAAUAUUUGAAUAACGAACUGGCUGGCGUAGGUGGACUGUGUGUCCUUGUGGCCCAAUUAGCUCUCGAGCAUGUGAAGUGUUUGACAACAAGUAUGUGUACCUGAUGGAUUGAAGAUUGAAGUUGCACGCUUUCUACUUCAGAUUCGUACAGUUAAUCGUCAGAUAGGAUAUUUUUGGAGCGAGCUCUUGAGUCCCACCAGUUUGAUAACAAUGUAUUCCACCUUCGGUCCUUUUAUAUAUGAGUGGGAUAGUUUGUUUAUUUUACAGUGCCUCGGUUAAACUCAUUUCAAUUAUCCAUUUAAAUUCAGAUAUUUGUUUCCUAGAGUCCCCUUCAACCAGGACGAGUAGGGUAUUUAAAGCAUGCUGUUUGAUUCUCCGACAACUUUGGGUGACAUAACCACAAGGAAAAGCAAAUAUUAGACGCACGAAUGUUAAAUGGGUAAAGGUUGUUCUGUUUUUAUUUAAUUUGCUUAAUCAAACGCUUAAACACGUAUAUCAUGAUGCGAGAAAGGUUCACGUGAAAUACAAUACUCUUCGAUAGGCUAUAAAUUCAAAAUGCUCACUGAAUCCGUCUAUAAUG